CGCGCUCUAUAUUUCAGCGAAGAAAUCGAAUUCUGCCGAAAUCCCAGACUCGAGGCAAGAUGAGCGAGAAAAAUUCCUACUGGCUGCUGAAAACGGAGCCGGGAGAGUGGUCGUGGGAGGACCAAUCCGCCAACGGGGGUUUAUCCAAGUGGGACGGGGUGAAGAACAAGCAAGCCCAGAAGUACAUGAAAUCCAUGCGCCCAGGGGACCUCUGCUUCUUCUACCAUUCCGGCACCAGAGCCCGGCGAGUUGUGGGCGUCGUAACGGUGGUUCGCGGCUGGUACUCGGAUGAUGGCGGCGGCGCGGUGGACGUGGAGGCGGUGGGAGAGAUGAGAAGGCCCGUUGACUUGGCGGAGAUGAAAAGGGACGAUGGGUUGAAGGGGUUUGCUAUUUUCCGGCAGCCUAGGUUGUCGGUUGUCCCGGUGGAGGAAAGUGUAUGGGAAAGGAUAUGCACAUUGGGGGGUGGCUAUAGCGGCGAUGGUUUGGGAGAUGGUGAUGAUGAUGCGGAGUAGGUUCCUGCAGCUCAGGUGUUUGUUCUUUUGCUUCAGUUAAAAAAAAGGUUCUUGCGAUUCUGAUGGCUUUAGUUUCUUUCCGGCGGUAGAGGGGAAUAGAGUUUCUAUUGUGUAGUAUUGUGCACACUUUGGGAUGGAAAUUCUUUUCUUUUCCCCAUUGGGAAUCACCAGAUUUGCUGCCUUGUUUUCUCCUAAUCUUUUGACAUUAAACUUUCUUCACUUCUUAAAAUUGCACAUUAAACUGUCUUCACUUCUUACUCUCUAGGAAGUUUUGUAUCAAAUUGGUACAACUGUUAUCCCCCCAUGCCUUUGCUUCAUGCUUGGUUGUACAGAUACAAACGGCGAUAUUUUCCCUUGCACGCUUGAAUAUUUUAUCUGUGACUUGAUUACAUGAUCUUGAUGACGAUCUUCAUCAGUUCGUCCCAACUAGUUGGGGUGAGUUGCAUUGCAUUUAGUGGCAACUAAUUGCCUCUUCUUCCUAUUAAAGGGUUUUUUUUUCUCUUCCUAUUUCUGAAUUAAAGAUGAAUCAAUACUACCUGGGGUG